AUGUCGCUCCCACAGAUUGAGCAGCAGCUCCGCGAGCUUCUCAAAGACCGCAAUGUCGCAGAGUUGGAGGCGCUUUUGAAAACGUCUGCUCUGCAAAACCAAACCCACCACUAUGACCAGGGAUAUUUUGACGCCCAUGCUCUGGCCUAUAUUGACUUCACAUACGAAAACCCCACCAUCUACCACGUGGUGCAGCACUUUGCUGCGCAAUUGCGUGAUGCCGGCUUCGUCUAUCUUGCCGAGAAGGACUCCUGGAGCAGCAUCAAGCCAGGGAAAUACUACACCAUCCGCAAUGGCGCUGCGUUGGUGGCGUUUGUUGUCGGUUCGGAAUGGACCCCGCUGAAGGGUGUUGGUGCCAUUGGUGCACACAUUGAUGCUUUGACCGUGCUGUUGAAGCCCAAUUCCACCAAGCCACCAGUUGAGGGCUACGAGCUUCUUGGCGUGGCUCCGUACGCUGGCACCUUGGGCGCGCCAUGGUGGGACCGUGACUUGGGCGUGGGCGGCCGUGUGUGGGUCCGCAAGGACUCAAAGGUUUCCCUGCGUCUUGUGGACUCGACGCCGCAUCCGGUGGCAAAGAUCCCCACUUUGGCGCCCCACUUUGGCGCUCCAGCGGUCGGUCCUUUCAACCUUGAGACACAGGCUGUACCUGUCGUAGGCUAUGUGGGCGACGAGCCGGAACCAGAACCUACGUCUGCAGAAAAGGCUUCUCCUUUGUACGGCAAACAUCCGUUGCGUUUAUUGCGCUAUGUGGCCAAGCUUGCUGGCGUCGAGGUUGCUGAUAUUGUGCAAUGGGACCUCCAGUUGUAUGACGUUCAAAAAGGUGUGCGUGGUGGUUUGCAGAGCGAGUUUGUGUUUGCUCCCCGUGUGGACGACCGUGUGUGUUCUUACGCGGCCAUCAACGCGCUCCUUGAGGCAGACGCAAGGGGAAAGCUUGCCGAUGACUCUUUUGCCGCCGUCGCUUUGUUUGACAGCGAGGAGAUUGGCCUGGGCACACGCACUGGUGUCCGUGGCCAGUUGCUAGAAGCCGUGGUGGCCCGUGUGGUGGCUUCGGAUUUGUAUGGUGGAGGAGCUGAACAGACUCGCCAGACUUGGGCCAACUCGGUGGUGUUGUCUGCAGACGUGAACCAUUUGGUCAACCCAAACUUUGCCGAAGUUUAUUUGGAAAAACACAAGCCUGUGCCCAACACUGGGUUAGCUCUCGCGCUCGAUCCAAACGGCCACAUGGCCACCGACUCCGUCGGUGUGGCGCUCAUGGAGGACUUGGCCCGCCAAAACGACGACAAGUUGCAGUAUUUCCAGAUCAGGAACGACUCUAGAUCUGGUGGAACCAUUGGUCCGUACUCGGCCACACAAACAGGCGCACGUACCAUUGACGUUGGUAUCCCACAAUUAUCAAUGCACUCGAUCCGUGCCACUUUGGGUGCCAAGGACAUUGGUUUGGGUACCAAGUUUUUCGCCGGCUUUUUCGCCAACUGGCGCAGUACCUACGACAAAUUUACUGAGUUAUAA